AUGGGCAGGCUGUAAGUAGGAUUCUUUCCCUUUCUCUUGGUCUCCUGGGGGGGGGGGUGAGUCCUGGGGUCCCCUGCACAGUCUUGGCUCUCUGGAAAUUGACCCGGCCAGUCUUCUCUAGAGAGCUCAGCUCCUCCACACUCUUUCCCUGCCUUCCCCUUUUCUCUCCCCUCUCAUCAUCCACUUUUGUUAGGACGUUCCUAGCCCACUUUCCUCCCAGGAACUCAAAGUGGCCUUCAUGGUUCUCCUUGCCACCAAUUUUUAUCUUGCCAGCAGCCCUGCAAAGUAGGCUAGGCUGGCCCAAGGUCCACCAGGGAGCUCCAUGGCUGAGUGGGGAUUUGAACCAUGCUCUCCCAGCUCCUCCUAGUCCAACCACUACACCUCUGCCUGGCUCCAUCUUGCAUCUCUCCCCCCUUCAUGGGGGUCUUUCUGGUUCCAAGGAAGACUCCACCACCUUCCUCUCUCGGCCCCCCGCACAGACACAAACACCCCCCACCCAUUGGGGCUCCUGAGUUGCUCUCUCCGCCCUGCUCCUCUCUUCUAGGUUCAGGUGGUUCAGGGCCCUGUUCAGCUGCCAGCAGAGGAACAGGGUGGCCCCGCUGCAAGUCCGGGAGGAGCCCGUGGUGAUAGGUGAGCAAGACACUGAAGGGGUAGGGGGCAUCUCAGGGUGCAGUUCUCUGGCUGCCUCCCCCCCCCCCCAGAAAGAGCUGACUUUCCUCCUCUGCUCUCUUCCAGGACAUCUUGGGGCACUUGGAGCGCUUCAGGGAUCAAUCCCUGAGCCUGGCCCUGGCCUUGGAGGCCCUCCUCCAGCUGAGGUGAGGUUUUUUUGGGGGGGAUGGACAGGGUUGUGGGGGUGGGUGGGGGGCAGAACUCCAGGGGGAGCUCCGGGUGGGGAAGAGCAGGCAGGAGGGAGAAGGGGGCAAGGGAGACUCAGAGGAGGCAGCAUCUAACCCUCUCCCCCCUUCAUCUCUGCAGCAUCAUGAGGCCAAAGUUCAACGGCGAUAUGCGCAGUGCCAUCCUGCACAGGACGUUUGAGGCAGUGCUGAAAGGGGCUGAGAAGGUGGAGGACAGAGAAGUAUGUCCUCUGUCUUGACUUCCCUUUGCACAGCUCUUUCUUCUUCUCACACCCUUGCAAUAUUUAACGCAGUGCUCAACCUCUCUUCUCCCUUUUCCCACAGGCACUGAAGCAGCACUUCCAUAGCCUGCUGGGUGGUCCUCCACUUCAGAGAUGGGCCUCACAAUUCUCCACACAACUUUCCAGGCCAACUAGAGGAAAAGAAUGAGAGAACAUGGGAGGUUUGUCCUUAGUCCUCUUUACUUUUCCUGUGAGGCAGCAGCACUGAGGGGCUUUUGGAACAUCCAGAUGCCCAAGAAUUGCACUGCAGAGUCCAUUCUGGUUGUGUGAGGGACCCCAGGAGGGAGCUGUCAGGGAUGGGCAAGCCAAGCCUGGAGUUUGAGGUCGCAGGUGGCCUCCUGAUGCCCGCGGAAGGACCUGACUUUCCUCCUCUUCUCUCUUCCAGGACAUCCUGGGGUGCCUGGGGUGUUUUUACGAGCGCCCCAUAAUCCAAACUUCUCCGACCUCUUCAGUUCAAUAG